GCGGUCCGAAGACGUGCACCGGAGUUGAUAGCUCCGGCUGCACCCACGCCUCGAGAACUAAAGCCUCUAUCGCAACUUGAUCAUCAGCCAGAGCUUCGGUUCCAACUCCAAGCACUUCACUUUUAUCGUAGCCACCCAAAAAUGGGGAACAAAAAUCCAGCCRCCGUCAUUAGGGAUGCUUUAGCAAAGGUACUGGUCUACUAUUACCCUUUUGCUGGCCGGUUAASAGAAGCUCCCACACAGAAGCUGAUGGUGGAUUGUACCGGCGAGGGUGUGUUGUUUAUCGAGGCCGAAGCCGAUGUUACGUUAAAGCACUUCGGGGUGAGUCUUCAUCCCCCGUUCCCUUGUUUAGAAGAGCUCCUUUACGACGUUCCCGGCUCUAAUGGCGUCGUCGACUCGCCAUUGCUAUUGAUUCAGGUGACACGUCUCUUAUGUGGAGGCUUUAUCUUCGCUUAUCGUAUCAACCAUACCAUGUGCGAUGGACCAGGAGUGAURCAGUUUCUGACUGCAUUAGGUGAAAUGGCACAAGGCGCGUCUUCGCCGUCAGUAUUGCCCGUGUGGCAAAGGGAACUGCUUUUCGCGAGCGAACCACCACGUGCGACGUUCGCUCAUCACRAGUACGACGUAGUGGGAAAAACCAAGGCUAUCAACGACAUCGUAACGAAAGACUUGAUCCAGAAAUCGUUUUUCUUCGGACCUAACGACGUAUCAACCCUUCGUCGUAGGUUUGUUCCCGAACACCUACAACGUUGUUCCACGUUCGAGGUGAUCGCAGCUUGUGUUUGGCGUUGUCGUACCAUCGCUUUACAGUUCGAUCCUAACGAGGAGAUGAGUUUCUUGUUUCCCUUCAAUAUACGCGACAAGCUCAACCCCAGUCUCCCUGUUGGGUACUACGGUAAUGCUUUCAUACUACCAUCUGUAGUUUCAACGGCGGGUGACUUAUCGAUUAAGCCAUUAAGCCAUGUGCUGGAGUUGGUGAGGAAAGCCAAAUCUUUAGUGUCUGAAGAGUACGUCAGAUCAACGAUUGACUUAAUGGCUAUCAAAGGGCGACCAUUGUUGACAGUUCCUCGUAGCUACAUACUCUCAAAUGUUGCAAGACCGGGGUUCAGUGAGAUCGAUUUUGGGUGGGGGAAAGCAGCCUACGGUGGUCCUGCUACGGGAGGACUCGAUGCCAUUCCGGGACUCUUUUAUUUCUACACGCAUUCGACAAACGAGAAGGGUGAAUCAGGAGUCGUGGUAUCCAUGUACUUGCCAAAGGCUGCAAUUGAGAAAUUUGUCAAAGAGCUUAAUAACAUGUUGAUGCAAGAUAAUGAUAAUCAAACACUAUCAAAGAUCUGAGUGAGGAAGGUGACUACUUUUACUUGGUUAAAUGUUUACCAAGUAAAUUGUUGCAUA